AUGUCGCCUACAAAGAAGGACAUUUCGACUCACAGCGGUGCCUUGGGCCCGCACAUGAACCCCAUCCGCGUGGAAUCGGACGGCGACGAGAUGGAGACGAUCUCCCCAACUGUGCCAAAGAAGCGUAAGCGUGUUCCCCUGGCCAAGAAGACUGUCCGCACAACCGGCCCAUCGGCCGCCUCCUCGUAUCUCCUCCAGCUCCUCGGCCGAUUCCAUCAAGGCCGCUCUCGUAUUGGAGGUACCCGUGCCGAAGACCUUCUGUUUGCUCUGCAGUGUUUGCAGGCCAAAGUCGACCAGGGUGGAACCGACUGCGACCUUGCUGCUCGCCGCCGUGCCGCCCUCCCGUUCGUCGUGGCGGAGUUUGAGGCGAAACUCAGCGUCAUGUCUCAGUACCAGAACGACGCCCAUUCGGAUACCGAGGCCGAAUCCGAGGCCGAAUCCGAGUAUGGCGAGCCAUACAUCGAGCACGACGCGAAUGAUGUCGGCGAGCAAGAUCAAGGCCUCCUCAUUCAAAAAAUGAACAACUACAUGAAGGUUGUGAAGGGUGGCGGUGGGCUCGAGGCCGCCGAGGAGCAGCCUGCAAUUAUUGUCCGGAUUCGCCGUAUCGGCAUGGGGCUGGUGGAAGACGGUGCGAGGUGUGACUUUGGUCCUGUCACGACCAUGUAUGACAAGUGGUACGACAAGGGUAUGUGCUCGAAGGCUCACCGUGUAGCGGUCAGGCCCUUGUCGACCGCCGCAAGUACCAACAGCACGCCAACAACCUCUUCGCCGGCUACUUCUACAAGAAGUAAUGAUACAAGGGACACUAUGUACAUCAGGCGAUUAGCUCGUGGCUCGGAUCUACAAUAUCGAUAUGCAACACGUCGUGCUGCCACGAACCCCUGGCCUACAACUACCACCCCGACAUUGCCGACGAGGCCUCGGCUGGUCGAUGAGCUCCCUGUCCUCCCCGAGUCUCCUGCCUUCAAGGAGGCGUUCGACGCUGCUUUCAACGCAGAUCCUACCAACAGGUGCACGAGGUGGGGCGCCUACCUCAUUGUCCUCGUACCUACCGCCAGCUGCCAGAACCCCAAUGAAAAGGUCCGCCCCCAGGCGAGGUGCGAGUCUGUGCUCCUGCAUGGCCAGUGUCCUAGGGAGUACAACAUCUACUGCAAGGGACUGUUCACCAUCGCGGGCACUGACGGCGUGGCCAUGAAGAGCCGCACUACUACAGAGUUGGUCGCCUUCGUCGCCAUGUCCCUCUUUGCAGAGGCCGUGUGGUGCCACGCGGCUGGACUGCUGGGACUCUGCCCCAGUCACCAACACCCUCUGGCGCAAGGUCCCCUGGGUCGGUGUCAACCACGCGGCCCCACUCUGCUCAGCCAGUCGUCGCGUUCAUAUCGCGCGCGCAGAAACCUGCGCUGGACCGACGCUGAGCGUACCGCUCACAGCCAGCGAACUUACGGGUCCAAAUUGACUCACGCCGCCAAGCUUCCAGCAGGUGAGCAGGCCGCUCGAAAGGCCAAAGAGACGGCCCGCAAGGGCACCUGGCGUCACAACGACAAGGCGAAGAUGGGCAAAGAAGAGAGGAAAGCCUGGGACGCAUCGCAGGCCGCCCGAAUGCGCCUAUCGCGGGCCAAGAGGGCCAACAAGCCCAAGUCAUUGAUCCAGGCUCUUGAAAGGGAGUUAAAGAUGUUGGCUUCAAAAACGGAGGCGCUGCGUACCAGUAGGAAGAACAAGGUCGUCGACUCUCAAGGCAAGAAGACCAAGUAG